AUGGACGCAUCGACGUUGCAGUGGGCGUAUCGCGCGCAAAAGAGCCUCGGUGUCAAGGCAGGUGUGCCAGCCUUUCCUGAUGCUCCGGGCUUCGAUGGCUCACAUGUAGGCGCGCGCAUGCUUGUGUACAGUGCAGAUGGCUCACGACUCGCGGUGGCACUCGAGGGCACUACGCGUGUGUACGACGUGCAGAACCAUGGGCUUGUUUUGCGUCACGAAGUGCCUGUGUCGCGAGCAAUUGAGCUCGCAUUCUCACCACGAGGCACAUACUUGCAGACGUGGGAGAGGCCAGUCAAGGCUGAAGACGGCACCUGGAGCCGGAAUCUGCGCAUCUGGCAUGCCGAAUCUGGUGAGCUGCUAGGUGAGUUUGAGCGCCGGCAGAUCGAGGGCUGGGCUUUCCAGUUUACGGACCGCGAAGACCACUGUGUGCGACCGACGUCGGCGGAGCUGCAAGUGUUUUGUCCGAGCGACUUCCGAGCGGGCGCUGUUGGCCGCUUGCGUGUUGAGAAUGUGCAGUCCUUUAGCCUUGGGCCAGGCGGUCAGCCAUCGAUCGCGGCGUUCUUCCCGGAAAAGAAGGGCAUGCCAGCGUUCGUGAGGAUCUACUCGCUUGCAUCACUGCUCAAGCAGGGCGAGCCCCCCGCGGCGCCCGUGGCGCAAAAGUCCUUCUUCAAAGCCGACAAGGUAACGAUGAAGUGGAAUGCCGCUGGCUCAUCGCUUUUGCUAAUGACAUCGACGGAUCAUGACCAGACAGGCAAAUCGUACUACGGCGAGACGAAUCUGUACAUGCUCUCGGCUCGGGGCGACUUUGACUGUCGUGUCGGCCUUGACAAGGAGGGCCCGAUCCACGACUUUGAGUGGAAUCCCAACAGUCGCGAAUUCAUCGUCAUUUACGGUUACAUGCCAGCGAAGGCCGUUGUCUUCUCGUACCGCGUGAAUGUGAUUGCCGAGCUUGGCACACAACCACGCAACUUGAUUGCCUACAACCCACAGGGCCGCCUCUUCUGCCUUGCUGGAUUCGGCAACCUCGCUGGCACCGUCGAUAUCUGGGACCGCGAGCGCCUCGCCGACGGGAAACUGUUCACGCUCGACGCGAGCAACAGCAGUGUGCUCGAAUGGAGUCCAGACGGCCACUUCCUUCUGACUGGCACACUGUCCCCGCGUCUGCGAGUGGAAAAUGGCGUUCGCAUUUGGCACUGCACUGGUAAGCUCGUUCACGUCGACAUGGUCGAUGAAAUGUACCAGGCGUGCUGGCGCCCACAGAAACUCAUCCCGCACUCGUCGCUGCCGCCGUUUCCUAAAGAGCUUCCUGCUGCACCAGCGCCAUCAGAAGCCGCCGCCGCCGUGUUGGCCAAGAAGCAGGCGGCUGCGUCGCGACCUGCCGGCACAUAUCGACCACCCAGUGCACGGCACGCUGGUGCUACACCGUCAGAUCUCUUGCGUCGUGAUACCAGCGAUGCACCGCCGUCGUCCAGGCAGGCCUACUUGCCUCCAGGAGCGGCCGCCUCAUCGUCUUCCACCUCGGGCCCCGGUGGACGCCGAGGCCGCAAAGUCCCAGGAGCUCCAGAGAAGCCAGCGGCGCCAACGCCGAAGCCCGCCAUGGGGGCUGCUGAUGUCGGCGCACACUCGUCAGAGGCCAGGAGCCGUCGAAAAGAAGCUAAGGAACCUGACGAAGAAGCUCAAGGCCAUUGA